AUGGGAGACUCUGCACCUUCAAAAAUCGCUUCAGCAGCUCCUGAAGUGUCAAAUUUGCAUCCAGCCCCGCCUCCAGAGGUGAAUCCUUGGAAGAAGUCAUUGAGCUCGCCACAGUUAGCUCCACAAAAAGAAAGCAUCAAAUUACCAGAUUCGUUGACCGUGCCAGCAAAUGGAAAGCCGCAAGUCCAACCUGCUGUUGCAAAGGCCAAAAAGACGGGGAAACAAAAGUGGGUACCUUUGGAGGCCGAAAUUUCAGUCUCGUCCCCUACCAAAACGAAAAAUAAAUCAGCCAAUGGCAACUCCAAGAAAAAAGACACAAAGCAAAACCAGAGCAAACGUACGAAUCGCAAGAAGCCCGCAUUGCCUUCUGAUCAGCAAGAGGAGAAGAAUGUGGGGCACGAUACAACCACGAUAACGACAAUUUCAGAUAUGUCCAGUGCCACAACCGAGGGUACAGAUACUUCAGACGAAAAGACAUUGGCGAAGCUUGCUUCCCAGCUUACAAUAAGCUCCUCCGAAAGGCCUGAGACAGCACCUCCAACUUCUGGGUCGGAAGCCACGUUGGACAAUGGUUUCACGGAAAUUGCCGCCACUACUCAAGACCAAGAUUCAGAACAGUACAGAGAUCCGCAUAUCCAAAGGCAUCAAAGGAGCAAAAGCUUCAAUGGCAAUAACAUGAGAUACGACAAAAAAAAUAGAAACCUUUAUUCUCGUUCAUCGGCCAACUUACCUUCGCUUCCUCCAUAUCCAAUUCUUUCCUCGACGCCCUACUACGUGCCCUAUUACAUGCCGCCUGUACCACCAUAUGGAGUUUCUAUGUCGCCCACUUCAUCGCGGAGGAACAGUCAAAUGAAUUCGCAAGCUUCUUCUAGGAGCUCGCCCAAGUCCACCAAUGAUUUGAGAACAUCGACCACAGGCGAGCGUAGUUCGCAUCAUGCAAGCCCUAGCCGGAGCCCAGAAACUGUUUCUCCAUCAAUAUAUGGAGAUCCAAACUUAUACUAUGGUGUGAUGCCUGGAAUUCCUCCUCAUGCCGGAUCCCCCGAUCCAGGUUCCCCAGUUCCAUACUUCCAUCCAUACUAUAUGCCUCCUCCAACACCUGGGUUCCCACUGUACUCCUCGCAAGCCCCCUAUUCACCGACGUAUCCAGGAACUGCUGAGAACUAUGGCGAUGAUAAGGUUGGACGCCUAAUUAAACAGCUGGAGUACUAUUUCUCCAUGGAGAAUUUACUGAAGGAUAUCUAUCUCAGAAAACAUAUGAACUCCGAGGGGUAUGUGAGUGUUGCGUUUAUAGCGGGGUUUUCCAGAGUGAAAAUCUUAUCUGAAGGAGACUCCAUUUUGAUACUACAAGCAUUGAAGAGAACGAAUUUAUUAGAAAUGUCUGGCCCAGAGAAAUCUGAGGUGGUCAGGUUGAAAGAAGGCUGGGAACGGUGGGUUCUCCCUCAAGAUCAGCGAGAACUAUGA